UCAUGAUGCAGAAAACCACAAUGUAUUUUCUCUGUUUGUGAGCUGAUUCGAAACUAAGUUUUACGCUUUGUAACAGACCACAAAACUCUUUCUGUCUUCAUGAAAUACAACUUAUACACGUAACGAAGUGGUUUUAUUGCGGCUGGAUUUAAUUGUUAUCUUAUUCCAAUCAAUUUUUCAAGUUACAAUUUACUCAAAUUUUGAAAUUACAUUUCAUUUUUGGACAAAAAUAAGAAGCUUCUUAAGAAAAUAUUCCGUUGCUUAUUUACAAUUAUUAUCCUAAUAAAAUAUUUAUCUAGUAAUCUUGAAAAUUUCCAGCUACCAGUUUGAUCGUAUACAAAUUAUAACGCAAUUUGUAAAGAACUCGAACGAAAUAUUAUAAAAACCUGACCAAUCAUUCAAACAAGAGACUCAAAAUUGAAUUACCGUUAAUACUUCAAAAUGAAAGUAUACGUAAUCGGAAUUGGCAUGACAAACUUCGAGAAGCCAGGUCGACGUGACAAUUUCGACUACCCAGACAUGGCGUUAGAAGCAACCAGAAGUGCCCUGGAGCAUUCUGGUCUGGAGUAUUCUGACAUUCAGAGGGCGUUUGUGGGGUAUUGUUAUGGAGAUUCGUGUUGUGGACAGAAGAGUUUGUACCAGUUGGGCAUGACAGGUAUACCAAUUGUGAACGUGAACAACAAUUGUGCAACUGGAUCCUCCGCCCUCUAUUUGGCACAUGAGAUGCUAGCUGGAAACAGGAGUGACUGUGUACUGGCUCUGGGCUUUGAGAAGAUGGAGAGGGGCAGUCUGGGGGUGAAGUGGACUGACAGGGCUAACCCGGUGGAGAAUCACGUGGCUAUCAUGGCUGAAAAAUUCGGCUACGAAAGUGGACCGCCCACAGCCCAACUGUUCGGCAAUGCUGGCAGAGAACACAUGUCCAAGUAUGGAACUAAACCCGAACACUUUGCCAAGAUAGCCCAGAAGAAUCAUCUUCAUUCUACGAACAACCCAAAGAGCCAGUUCAGGGAUGAAUAUUCAUUGGAUGAGAUAGAAAACAGUGCCUGUAUCCAUGAUCCCCUCACUAAACUACAGUGUUGCCCUACUUCUGAUGGAGCUGCAGCUGCUGUGUUAGUGAGUGAGAGAUUUCUCUCUCUGUGUCGCCCUGACUUGAGACAGAAUGCGGUGGAGAUUCUCUCCAUUGCCAUGACUACUGACCUCCCGUCCACAUUCGAAGGAAGUGCCAUGAACUUAGUGGGCUACGAGGUGUCCAAAUUGGCUGCCCAGCAAGUCUACUCCAGUGCCAACAUCAGCCCACAAGAUGUAGAUGUGAUAGAACUACACGACUGUUUCUCAGCUAAUGAGUUGAUCACUUACGAGGCAUUAGGACUGUGUCCUGAAGGUGGCAGUGCAGCUUUCAUAGACAGGGGUGACAACACAUACGGUGGGAAAUAUGUGAUCAACCCGAGUGGCGGAUUGAUCUCAAAAGGACAUCCUUUAGGGGCUACAGGCAUAGCUCAGUGCGUUGAAUUGUGUCUGCACUUGAGGGGCGAGGCUGGAAAGAGACAGGUGCAAGGGGCAAAGAUUGGACUACAACACAAUCUGGGUCUUGGCGGAGCUUGUGUUGUGGCAGCUUACAAAAAGGCUAAUUGGCCGAAUGGUUUAUCAAACCGAAAACAAGAUCUGCCCAAGCUCAGAGGUGGAUCAACGACAAUAUCCGCAGAUCAAUUCAAGUGCGGGCAAAUCUUUGACGCAAUUUCAGACCAGAUCAAUGACCCCGAAAAUGUUGACCUCAUCAAAAAGGUCAAUGCUUCUUAUAAGUUCAAGGUCACUGGCAAGCAAGGUCAAGCAAUUUGGAUUGUAAAUGCCAAGUCGGAAAAGAAACCAUACGUUGAUUUUAACAAAGACGAAAAAGCUGAUUGUAUUCUAACGGCCAAAGAUGAAGACUUAUUUGAUGUUAUGACGGGUAAAACAGAUUCGAUGAAAGCUUUUUUGAGCGGAAAACUGAAGUUAUCAGGCAACCCGACGCUUGCUAUGAAAUUAAAGCAGUUUCAAGGAAAAGUUAAAGAGGCUUUAGAAAAGGCAAAAUUAGAGAAAAAAACUGAAACAGUUUCCGACAAACCAGGAAAGGGUUCCGAAAAACAGGCUAAAAAAGAAGAUAUGUCAUCAGUUCAAUUUAGCUCGGAUAAAAUAUUUGCGGAUAUUCAAUCAAAACUAGAAAUAGAUUCAAAUUUGGCUAAGAAAGUGAACGCGGUCUAUAAAUUUGUCAUCACUGACGCGAAAUCGAAUUUGAAGAAGUUUUGGUUCGUGGACUGCAAAUCGAUGGUUCCGACAGUAAAGUUCGACGCUAAUUUUGAUAUGAAUUUAAAAGCUGAUUGUACAAUCGAAACUACCGAUGAUACUUUUGUGAAGAUUAUUUCUGGAAAAUUGAAUCCCCAAAAAGCCUUUUUUAGCAAACAGCUUAAAGUGUCUGGAAAUGUAAUGCUUGCUUCAAAAUUGACUCAAUUCCAAGAAAAAGCCCAGUCUAAGCUGUAAUGUAAUUCACUAUACUUUGUACUGUACAGUUAUGUAAAGAUUUGUUGUAUGCUAAGUCACUAAACAUAAUCAGAGCUGUUAUAAAUUUAAUAUUUCUGUAUUC